AUGCCGCUCGAUCCAAAGAGUUUCCGCUACGACUUCGACGCCGAGACCGGUGUUGCCACCCUGACCCUCGACCGUCCCGAGCGUUACAACGCGCUGACUUUCGAGGUCUACGGCGAGCUGCGCCGGGCCUUCGAGGCCCUCGACACCGAACCCGGUGUGCGGGUCAUCGUGCUAACCGGUGCCGGCAAAGCGUUCUGCAGCGGUGGCGACGUCCACGACAUCAUCGGUGAGCUCUUCGGACGCGAUUAUCGGGGGCUGCUCGAGUUCACCCGCAUGACCGGCGCCUUGAUCUUGGCGAUGUUGCGGUGUCGACGGCCAAUUGUCGGCGCGCUCAACGGCCUGGUGGCUGGCGCCGGGGCGGUGAUGGCCACCGCCUGCGACGUGCGAAUCGCCGCCGAGGACGCCAAGAUUGGCUUCAUUUUCACCAAAGUCGGCUUAUCCGGGGCCGACAUGGGCGCGUCUUGGCUGCUGCCGCGGAUCGUUGGCCUGGGGCGGGCGAUGGAAUUGCUGAUGACCGGCGACUUCACUAGCCCCGAGGAGGCCUACCGGAUCGGCCUUUACAACCGGGUGGUGGCCAAGGACCAGCUGCCGGCAGAGGCUCGCGAGUGGGCUGAGCGGCUCGCCCGCGGACCGUCCUUUGGCCUCGAAGUGACCAAGAAGCUGGUGCUACGCGAGGCCUCGAUGGACCUCGAAUCAGCCAUGGCCGCCGAGGUCGAGAUCCAGGCCGCCUGCAUGGAAGAUCCGAAUUUCCGCGAGAGCUACGACGCCUUCGUCGACAAGCGCAAGCCGAAUUUCAGCUGA